AUGGUCCUUGCUGCUAGGCCCUAUGUCAGACUUCACUCUGUGACGCCCCCUGGUGGUAAACAUCCAACCAUGUUUGUCUGCAGCGUCUUUGACUUCUAUUCCAAGUACAUCAGAGUGAGCUGGCUCAGAGACGGAAAGGAAGUCACCUCUGAUGUCACUUCCACUGAUGAGCUGGCAGACGCUGAUUGGUACUACCAGAUCCACUCUCACCUGGAGUACACGCCCAGGUCUGGAAAGAAGAUCUCCUGUGUGGUGGAACAUGCCAGCCUGAGAGAACCUCUGGUUACUGACUGGGGUAAAUACUCGUCCGCCUGUACACUUCACCUGUCUAACCCUGCUAAAAUUUCGUAUAUCAGUCAGGUCCAUUAUCUGGCUUAA